CCAGAACGCCGGGGCGCCAUCUUGCAAGCAUGGAGGACAGAUUCUGUCGCCGGAGGACGCGUUGUCGAUGAUUCACCUGCCCCUUUCCAGCCAGGUCACUCAUAUGUGAGCGUGGCGCCGCAGGGUAAUGUAACAAUUUUGGCAAAAUGAGCUCGGAAUUUACGGAAGGAGGCCAUGCUGGGAGUGAUGUCGAUCUUACCAGCCUCAACUGGCUACACAAUCUCAAUAUCAUGAGUAUCUCGUCUUUGCCAACACCACCGUCCUCACCUGGACCAUCUCCACUGCCCGUUCACACUCAGCAACAGCCACUACAGCGAAAUUCGCACUCCACAGUACCUGUUGCAAACAUAGAAGAUUAUCGCAACUGUGGAGACCGUAAACCUCCGUACUCCUAUGCUACUCUGAUAUGUAUGGCCAUGGGUGCCAAUAGCAACAAAAUGACGCUUUCUGCUAUAUACAGCUGGAUUCGUGAGAACUUCCUUUAUUACCGAAAUGCUGAUCCUAGUUGGCAGAACUCAAUACGUCACAACCUGUCACUAAACAAGUGUUUUGUGAAAGUACCCCGCUCUAAAGAUGAACCAGGUAAGGGUGGUUUCUGGCGGCUGGAUGUGGAUCAGUUGGAAGAAGGGCGAAGAAGGAAAAGACGCUGUAGCACUCAAAGUGGUAGCAACGUAAAAUCAGCUACGGCAAAGGUUAAAGUAAGAUCUAUACAAUGUGAGAAAAAAGAUCAACAACAAAAGAAAUUGCAGCAGCAGCCACAGCAUGUGCAACCACAGCUGCAGCAACAACACCAGCCACAACUACUGGCAAAUCCUACAACACCUGCAAUGUGUCUCAGCACAUCACACCAACAACAACUACUUAGUGCACCUUCAAUGGUUCCUACUGUUGUCUCUGUCUCUACUAAUUCGGUCACUGAUUCUACUUCAAAUUCUAAUAUUGUAACUUCCAACACAUCCAGCAAUGCUCCAAUUGUCAUUGGUGAAGAUGAUUUGGCCACUAUGCUGCUGGCAAGUGAAGGGUGGGAUACAGCUCAGAUAGAGCUUCUUGACUGGUUGCUUGAUACACUAUAAAUCAUUUUAAAAAACUGAGGCAGUGGCUUAAAUUUCAUCAAACCCAGGUGAUUGGUGAAUAAUGCUUUUGAAGUACUGUGGUGGGAACUUGCAUAUUUAAAAACUUCUGUGACAUUUCUUUUUAGUUUUACCCACUCUCUGCACAUGGAAUUCUUCGUUAGGCUGAUUUCAUCAUUGAAUGGAAAACUCUACUAUCAACAAAAUGGUUUUUUACCAGUACAUUUCUGAGAAAUCUAUUAUUCAAACAUCUGAUUCAUUCUUAAAUUUUCUCUUCCAUUCUAUCUGACACAAUAUUUCUAAUACUCUGAUGUGUAAAAAUGACUGGUAGUAAUAUUUUAUCUUCUAUUUCCAGCACAAUGUGGUUCAAAUGUUACUUCUGCCAUAUGGAAAAAUUACAAAUUUAUAACCAAUAUAUCUGUGUGGCAACAUACUCACAGUAUUUAUCUGAGUAUAUUAUAUCAGUUGAAACAAUUCGUGUUACCAAUGUUGCAUCAGUGGCAAAUUACGUAGCAAAAUUAAAUGUAAUAUGGCAUUCCUUGCAUUGCUGUAAGUCCCACUAACAGCAUUUCCAAAUGUCCAUGUAUAUUUUCAUACAAAAUAAGUGACAGGAAGUUGCUUGCCGUCCUACUUUGUUUGUAUUUGAAAUUAAUUUUGUGUGUAAAUGUAGGACUAAAGUAUUUUGUACAGUUUACAGUACAUCUUUUGGCCAAGUGUCAUGGUUUUUUAAGUGAUUUGUUUAUGUACCCUAAAUGAAUUUUCAUAGAUGAAUGGGCUAAAUGAGGACAUGAUGAACUAAACAAUAGUAAGCAGAUAGAGCUGUCAUAGUUAUUCAGUUUUUCUCAUAAGUUCUUCUGUCUUUAAGAAGUAUUUGUACAAAAAUUUGCAAAUCUGAAACAAAUGCUUGAAAGGGCAAUAAUAAUAAUAAUAAUAACAAUAAUAAUAAACAUGGAGACUAUGUGCAAUAACAGAUAAAAAAAUAGCACCUAGGAGCCAAACACAAAACAGGCACCAAAACAGGCACACUCUAUGAAUUACAUUUCUUUGUGUUAGAACAAAACCAAGGUCUUAGUAAUAUUUGCCCUGGUGGCACCAAGCAGCAUUAAGAGGUCAGAUACUUGCAAUGUAGUAGCUUGUCUCAUUUGCAUAGUAAAAUUUAUUUAAGCAACUGGUUCUGGAUGUCAAGCAUACAUUUUUAAGUUACAAUUAGUGAUGAAGUUUCAGGAACCAGCAAGACUCAUAUGUUAGUGGCACACCAAGAAUGUGAUAAGGUAGUGAAUUCACUGUGAAUUGCAGCUUGAAGGAGGUUGAUUGACAUCUGAAACUGGUUUUUUAAUCAUAUUGGUUUUACUGUGCAAGUGAAGCUAUGUGCUAUGUUUGUAGAAAUCAGUCCUGACUAUUUAUGCAUACUAGAGAGCAUCCUUGAUUGUUUAUUUAUGCAUCACUGUACUUACUAUAGCUUUUAAGAACUGUGAAGACACCAGUGAGUUAGGAAACAGCUGCACUUGUGCUUGCUUCAGAUACUACUGUAUCGUGGAUAUUGUUUCUGGUUAUUUGUAGCAAUAAUUUCCUGCAGUAUGUGCUAUUUCUUCAUAAUACUUGUAAUGCUUUAAUUUCAGCUGCUCAUGGUCUAGUGAUUAGCAUUUCUGCCUCUAGAUUAUGGGACCCCAGGUUCCAUCCCAAGCUGUGUUGCAGAUUUUCUCCACUCGAGACUGGGUGUGUGUUGGCUGUGUCACUCAUCUCAUCUUUAUUAGAUGCACAAAUUGCCGAAGUAGCAUCUAAUAGAAAGGCUUGCACCUGGUAGACAAACAACCUCACACAGGGACUGCCAGCUAAUAAAGCCAUUUCCAUCUGUGACAUGAAUGCCACCAUGUCACAUCUGCAGUCUUCUCCUAUGUUCUUGUCUCUAUGUAACUGUUAUUGGACAUUUGAUCAUGAAUUUUUAUACAAAGUCCAUUAACUGAAACGUGAAGACAACAGCAGCUCAUUUGCCCUUUAAAGCAUUUGUUGUACUGCACAAGUUAAUAAGAAAAUAUGUCUCCCAGCAGCAGACAAUAUUAUGAAACAGCAAACAAACUGAAAAUAAAAUAAUUUGAUCUAUUAUAAUCAAAGCUUUUUUUUUCCCCAUGAUAUAUUGUUACCACCAACACAGUUCAACUAUACCAUUCUCUGUCCUUUUUCUUUGCAGUCAUGAUGAGCUAGAUGAGAAAUACUUUGUUGUGCAGUGCAGCUGUGCUAAGAUGAGAAGUAUACUAGAGAGAUUAAAAUAAUCUGAAUUGACGUGUACAUACACUUUGCUAUUGAGAACAUCAUUUCCUUGCCAAUUUUUUAAAAUUAAAAACCAAUCAAAUUGUUUUCUGUGAUAUUACAAAAUCACAAAGAAUCCCACAAUGAGUUCUAUGCAACAGUUCAUCAUGUUCUCUAGUGUUAUUUGAGUAGUUUUGUCCUGACACUGUGUGUCUUUCUAAAGAGCAGCCCAAAGACAAAUAAUUCUUCAGUAUUGGUUCCAUACUUUAUGUAUAUAUUUGGAACUUUCAGAAAGCAGAGAGAGAUUUGGCUCAUGGUUAAAUAAACUGCACUGGUACAGAGUUUGAUUUUUAAGCUAAGGCUUUUGGUUUGGGCAACACUAAUAAAUUUCAGCAUGGAUUUCAGUGUGAUGUUGCAGUUACAGUACUGCAUUGGGCAAUAGCUGCAAUAAUAUGCAGGUUUAAAUUAAGAUUUAUGAGAUUCAUGAAUUUAAGUGAGCCAUAUAAAUUUCUUAUAGAAUAUAGGCAGUUACAUGAGAUAGUUGUAAACAAUUUCCUUUACAAACAAGCAGCAGAUAUGAAGGAUUUCAGUACAUGUCAACAUUUCUUCUUAUUGUGUUUUGCAGUUCUGUUACUCCUGUAUCUCUCUAACCUUACUGCUUCAAGCACAUCUUUUAAUGAAGCGCUAACACAGUUUCUGUACUAACUUACAGCUGUGUUAAAGAAAAGCUGAUUAAAAAUUAUACCAAUAUUGUUUUAUUGAGUUUGGUACUGGUUUUGAUGCAUCUUUAAUGGGGAUUUAUAUUCCUGCCCAAUGUUGCCUCCUUAUAUGAUGUGUGCAGCUAGCAAGUAUCAAUGAAACAGAAAUAUGUGCAAUAUUUGUGCGCUUCCUGUUAAACUGCUUUCUUUAUGAUGAAGUGUCUUCUGAAAAUGUUUCUUGCAGCAAUACAUCUUCCGAUAUAUGCAGACAUAUUCCACUGAUCAAAAUAUGUAAAGAAAUGUCAAAUAUCUUACAAAGUAAUUGACCUGUGUGAAACAAAAUGUUUAUUGCAGACAAGUAUUUUUGUAUAGCAAUAAAUAUAAUGAUAAGCUUUUACAUUGACUGCUAAUUACUGUUUGACUAUGAAAUUGUCAAAGACAUUGUCUCUGUGGAAUUAUUGUUGUUCUUAGCAAGGCUUUGAGUAUCAGAUAUGCUUUUGGUUCUAAUUUUUAAGUAUCUGAAUAAGCAUGAAGCAUUCACUAAUGACUGUUUUAUAGUAUAUAUAAGUGAUACAAACAGCACAGUUAGUGUUUUUGUAUUUUGCUCGUGUGAGAUAUGUGCAAUGGAAAAUUUGUGUAACAUUUGUUGUCACUCACUGUUUUUCAUGUAAAUUUACACCAGUUUAUGGCAUUGGAUGAGCAUUCCACAGGUGUUACCCAUAACCCAUUAAUAUUACUUUUAGGGAUUCAUAAUGAACACAUUCAGUAUGUAGUGAAGAGUAUUGCUGCUUCACCUAAAAGAUUUAUGGAGUUUGAGAAAAUAGUAAAGAAUUAUUGCUGCACUGAAGUUUUGAGUUAGUCUGUUGCUUGAGAACAUUAUUUGCCUUUGAUCUGAUAGCUGAAAUCAGUAAAUAUCAGGCAGUCAUAUACUGCGUUGCUGUAUUUCAUCUUAAUUUCAGCUGUAAUAACCUGUCAACUAAUACAGCCAGCAGCACUAUUCAGUUGCCACAUUACUUACGUAAAAUUCAUACAAUGCAUUUGCGCUGAUUAGAAUCAGCCAAUCUAAAUGUCACUGUGCAAAAUAUUACAUCAACUUAAGGGGAGCAGUCAGUUUAUGACUGUGAGAGUGCAUUGUUUUAUAGUGUUUCACAAUUAUAAAACUGACAAAGAAUCAAAUGGUUAUCUGUUCACUUGUCUUCUACGACUACUCUGUCUAAAUUCUGAGAAGAAAUUAUUAAAUUGAAUUAUCUUUUAAGUACCAGGACAUACACAGCAUCAACCAUAAUCCAUCUUGAAAAAUACUUUCAUCCCGUAUAUGACACCAAUAAUUUUCUCCAUUAUACACUAUUGCACUUCAAUAAAUGUCAUCUCACAUCUACAGAUAACUGCCACUUAAAAAUAUGAGGUUGUUGACACGAAAUGUGUGAGUGGUAAAUUAAGGUUUUAAAUGAAGAAAAACUCUGACGAGUGCUCAUCCUUAAAUAAAAAGGGGUAAAUUACACAAGAUAAAUGUUUUCUAUUUUUAUGUGUGUGCAUGUGUGGUAAAACUUUUACACAAAGAAAGGCAGUCCUCAGCGGAAGCUAUAACACUGGUAGUAUUAGAAAACUGAAUUAUUCUAUUUUUGCAGACACUGGCACUCUGCUGAGAGAUUUACUGGAGUGACUUCUUCCCAGUCUUCCUUUUUCAGUAUUAUAGCUUCUUGCUUUGGCUGUCUUUUUCACACAAUGUGUGUCUGUGGGUCUUCUGUGAGAAAAGUGUGUUGGCACAAGCACCUUUUGUGCAGCUCAUAUGAGCAGAACAUUUCUUCCGUCCACUUAAAGUGAAUGAGAUUAUCUAGUUGUAUUUAGGAGUUAAUACAUUAUAUGCUGUAUACCGUCCUUAAUGCCUCAAGAAAAUAUUAAAAUAAUGCCUUGUUCAUUUUGUGAAUUAGGGUACUAAUAUUUGCCUUGUUAGCAUUCAUUGCCACAGUCUUUUUAAUGUGGUAUCACAUUUAAUGGGUACUCCAAUUGUUUUCUUAUUGUUGUAGGUGUGAAUAUAGAAUGUUGAAUUAGAAAGCAGAACUGAUCAUGAUGGAAUGUAAAUAUAAUCCGUGUGUUAGGAUUGUGUUAAAGUAUAAAAAUGUAUGUGGAUUUUUGUUUUAGUUACUACUAAUAUGAAAGGAUGUCUUCAGAAAUCUUUUGAGUGUGGCCACAGUCUUAGACAAGCACCAUAAAUCACCAAUGUGACUAUCAGUCUGACACCUGUGUAAUUGCAAUGAUUACAACUAAACUUUCACUUGUGAUUCAUAUUUAUGAUAGCAAGUGGACCAGUGUCAGGCAGUCACUUAGUACAAAAUGUAGUAAAGAAGGGCAUGAAGCUUGUAUUGGUGAUGAGAGAUUACUUAAAUUAAUAUAUAAGAGGUAAUGGAGUUCCUCAAUUUCCUUCCCUAUCGACUUCUCCCACCAGCCCUUCAUCUUCAUUCUCCCCCCCCCCCCUUCUCUCUCUCUCUCUCUCUCUCUCUCUCUCUCUCUCUCUCUCUCUCUCUCUCUGUGUGUGUGUAUGUGUGUGUUUGGUGAGCACACACAUGAAUGUACAUGCGUGUGUGGACAUGCCUUUCUCUUUGAAAUCAUGAGGAAUUUUAAAGGGACCUUUGGAUACAUAAGUGACGUAUUUGUUAGUAUGUUCUCUGUCUGUGUCACCAAUACCUGCAGUGACCAAUGUGAUGAGAGGAGAAACAAUUCAGACAAAAUAUAGCCACUAUUUCAUGACUCAGGUGUUCCUCAUAUGGAAAAUUUACCAUCUUGCCUGAUUAAUUUUCACUAUAAAAUUGAUACAAAGAUGCAUAAAGAUUGCAGUGAUUCAGUGUAUGUGUCUUUUUUAGGACAUCAUAUUUUCUUACUCUUCAAACCAUUUACUAUAAUGCUUAAUUCCAGCAACAUACAUUCCAUUGUUCUCCAAAUACUCCAUUGUGUGGUGGGAUAUAUAAACAGGAGUUUCACUACACAGAAAACAGCCAUUUAAUGCAACUUAAGUGCAAAAGGUAUGAAAUAUUUGGCUUGAAUUGAAUGUAAACACAGACUGCAAUAACAACAUGAGAUACCAGGAAAUACUGCAGAGAAAGUUCUGAGGCUGUGUGAUACUGCCCAUAUUUUUGGCUACAUAUAUAUUUCUGGCCUCAAGUGGAACCAAAUUUAUUCAUCAAACUAAGAUGUUAUGUUUUUACACUGCUUUAAAGGCAUUCAUGAACAUAAUCAUUCACCUUAAAAGCAGAAAGUCUGAAAAAGGGUUAUACCACACAGAUGAAAAAAGUCACUCUAAAUGAAUGAGUGAAUGGACUAAGGGAAGGUAAUAUUACUAGCUACGCACAAUAUGCUAGUGCUGAUGUGAUUUUGAGGUCGUAUGCGUCCCUACUGAACAACUGCGACGGAAAUAAAUGGACUCUUGAGAGGAGCAAUACUUAAAUGGACAGAAUCACUUUUCAUGCUUAACAAGAGGGGUCCCCAGGGAUAGGAUCAACUUUUUGAAACCAUCCAGAGCAGCAGCAUAGCAUAGUGGUUAAGAGUCUAAAGCUUGUGAGUUUGAAUCGCACCAGGCAAUUGAAAUGACAUUUAAAAUUAUUUUUAUUUAAAUAAUUGGUUUAAGUGUAAUUUUUUAUUCAUAUGCCUUUGCCAUGCCUUUUUAAUCAUUGCAUUAACUUUUCAUUUGCUCUCAUUCUAUCUUCCUAUCAUUCUUUUUUCAUUUGAAAUCUGUGUGCAUGUAAUUAUAAUAUUUUUAUUUAUCUGUCAUAAUAAUUGAAUGUCUGAAAAUGUUGAACUGUUGCUUAAAAACAAAAGACAAAAUAAUCUGUUUAUAUUCACUGUAAAAGGUAUUGAAAUGUAUUUUUCAUUGCAAGAUGUUCAUUUUUUUGGAUGCGAUCAUCAUUAAAGAUUUAAAACAGUAAUUCUUCUUCCACUGUGGGAAAAAUAAUUCAGAUAAAGGUUUAAAUGAAAGAAUGGAUUACAAAUAAAAUGGAAUUCAAGAAAAAUCAGAAAUAGAAAUAUUGUCUGCAAUAACAUGGACUAAAAUAUAAAAUGAUAAAACAGAAAAAAUUAAAUCAAUAUUAAUAUACAAAAGUAAUUGAAUUCACGUAAACAAAUAUCACACAUGAAAAAAGAAUAAGAAGAAAAUAGGAGAGUAAAUAAAAUGUUAAUUCAAUGAUAAAAAUAAGAAAGCAAUGGGUUAAAGAUUAAAAAAUAAAUUGGUUAAAAAUAAUGAUCAUAGUCAUUUCAAUAAAGGUUUCGAAAUAAAAUUUAAAAGCACUUGAUGUGAUUUCACCCCGCAAGCUUCAGUAUCUCAGGAUUGUAUGUUAACCACUACACUGCAGUGCCAUUCUGGACAACACUGCUAUUGUUAAGGGCGUAGAGUACCAUGUGAAAUACUUUUUCAGCAAUUACUCACAAAUGAGGGCCCACUAGGAUGAAUGGCUGCAGCGUGCAAUACCUGGAAUCCUAAUCUACACAACCCAUACAGGUAGUUUCAAAAAGUCGAAUCCACUGGUAGGGGAUAUCUCCUUCUAAGCUUCAACCACAAAGCUAUUUUAAUUACUGUAUAAAUUAUUGUAAAGGCCACAAGAUCCUCUGUCAGAAAGCUACCAGAGUAAAGGUGAAAAUGGAGAGUAAGACAAAUUGAUGGGUGAGCUUAAUACUUGCAAAUCUGUUAUCAGUCUAUCAAUGCACUGGUGCUCAAAGGAUCUGGCUAAUCAUUGCUCCACUUCUGCUGUAAUUUUGCUUCCUUCUCUCUGAUGAAGGAGUCUGUAGACCUGAAAUUGUAGCAUGCAUUCUGUGGCUCACACUUUUAGUAAGGAAGUUUUAUAAUUUUUCUUUGCAUUCUGGAAGUCAUCAAAUUUUGAUUUUUUCUCAGCUGUAAAGUCUUAUUAAUAUUUAAAAAAAUAUAUUAAUUAUAAAACCACUACAAUGACUAAUAAUAUCUUCUUUCACUAGGAAAGUAACAAACCAAAUGAAAUGCUCGGUGAGUAAGGAAGUGUAGGAAGUUGAAAGGCAUAUAACUAGGAAAUGUAUCACUGUAACUCAGUUUCUGAAUUAGGCUCUGCUUUGGGUCAUGAUGUAAGUGCGCACACACACACACACACACACACACACACACACACACACACACACACAAAUAUGCCUAUCAUGUAAAAGGGCAAGUUAAAAGGAUGAAUCAGAACAUUGAACUUAUUUACACUUCAUUGGUACAGUGAAUGGUUGUUCCUACUAAUAUCACUGCUUAUGUUCUACCCCAGCUUUUGCAUUGUCAUAUUAAAAUAAAACACUGACAGUGGUGACUUAUUUUCUUAAAUAUGUCAAGAUAAGACAUCCUUUACAUGUUUUGUAGCACAAUAAGUGUGUCAAAACAUUGGUCAUUCAUACUCUAAGACCACUGCAAUGUCUAUUAUGCAGCAGAUUGAUAUUAAAAAAAAGAAAACCUUGUUGUUUAAACCACUUGUUGGUAUUGUCAGUGUAAAGUGACAUUUACUUUGGAAAUUUUGUUUUGAAAACAUUCAGACUUUUAUAAAAAAAGAAGAGAACAAAUGGUAACAAACACAUUUACAGAUGAAUGAAGCAGUUUCUCUUCACAUAUAAGACAAGUUCGUUGAAAUCUGUAAAAAAACAGUUGAAAUUUACUGCCUUCCUUCAAAUUUUCUAUUGACUGAAGGAUCAGUCAGGGAAUUUUAUUGAUUCUGGUAGGACAUUUAUUCCAUCAUAAUCUUCUGCUAGUACAGAAAAAAUAAAAGUAAGCCGUUUUAUCUUACUUUAUCGACCAGUGGCCACACAUUCUUUACCGAACGUACAGCAUAUAAAUGAAUGUUGUUUAUGUCUACUGUAAUAAGUAAAUUGCAAAGUGCUUGUUAUAAUUGCUGUAAGACAUAUUGUAAAAUUGGUAUUUUUAAAUAGUUUACAAUGUCACAUAUUUUUAUAUUUAUGGUAUUUUUCAUUUCGAGCACAGAUGUAUUCAGCAUCAAUAUUUCAUUGGUUCUAAACUUGGCAGCAAAUCUUCCUGGAAUAAAUGUUUGUUGUGAGCUAUUUAAGAAAAUUUUUAUGUGUGUUACAUGUCCUCUGAAUACAUUUAAUUGCACAGUCAUUGUACAUUUCAUAGAUUAGAUAUCAAUUUAAAAUUUGUGUCCUCAUGAUGGCUUUUUACAUUUUAAAAGAAUGUUUAUGUUUGUGAGAUAUUUUUACACUCUGCUAAAAAAUAUCACUUCUGUCAUUGUUGAGACUAAUGCCAGAAACUGAAUGGUUCAAAUUAUUGUUAUAUCUAUACACUGCAUCACUUUUGGCAGUUGUGUGUCCAAUUGUUAUCAGUUUGUAAGACACAGUGUUUCCACUUUGACUGACAUUGUGUGUACCCACAAGGCACUAUUUAAUGAUUUAUACCAUAAAUCAUGGAUUGAAGAAAAAUAAAUAAAUAAAAAUUCUGUAGGUAGUCAA